AUAUGCUCCUGUUAGCUGCAAAAGCAAUGGUGUACUAGUAACCCGAUGGUACCUUGACUAAAUCUUCCUGUGGGGAUCUUCAGCCGCUAGGACUUCCUGCAUCAACGCAAUCAUCGAUUGUUCCCAAUACACAUGUACUAUUACUAUGGCAUGUGGUGGAUGCAUCGGAGUUUGCAAGUUGUUUUGAUAUAUUAUCACAAGAAGCCAAAACCAUGAUGGAGACUCCAAACUAAGAAAGAUGGAAAUAAGGCGUAAUAACCACACUAGCUACGUAUUCAGGCCUGUCACUCUGUAGGUGAAUUAGCGAAUUUUCUUUCAGAGAAAAGAAAAUAUCGCAGAGCAGUAGAGCAGAGCUUGAUAUUCCGGUGUAGCCAGAGCCAGAUAUCUCUCAAGUCUACAUAAGUAGAUAACUGGAAGUAAAGAAGCCAUCCAUCAAACAUCAUCUAGCAAAGGUAAACUGCUCUUGUCUCAGCUUAGGUCUGAUUUCCCCUUUUGUAUGUGGUUCUGCAUGCUAUGAAAAUUAACACUAGAAAACACAGAACAAACUGAUGAUCUAUUGCCCAGUUAGGAUUUCAACACUUUCAGAAGAUAAAAAAAGAACUUUGUUUUUGUGCUGCACAUUAACUUUGAUCAUUUUAUGUAUGUUGUAAGAUUUGCACUGACAUGGUCUCUCCUUUUCUUGAAUCUAGCUUAAAUCAUGCAUCGCGACCUGUUACGCUUCAUAUGCAUCAGUUUCCCAAAUUUGAGGUUGGAACCUUUGAUGAAUGCCUAUAUUAGGAACCAGUUGCGGCUUGCGUCCACUACUUAUGUUGUGGCUUUCGUUUGCUAUUUUCCCUUGCUCUGGCUACAUGUCUCCUGGUGCGUUGGCCCGUUACCAAAGCCUAGCUUCAACUGGAGCCAAAUUCGUAGAGCCGGGGCCUAUGUCAAAACAGCUGUUCUCAUCAUCAUAGCUUAUGCAACUUUACUUGUGGUAAACACAAGAUAUAUCAGUCUAGUCAUCAUUCCCAUCAUCGUGCUUGUUUUCAUUGGAGCACUGUUCGUAAUGGUGUCGCUGAAGGGCUGCAUGGAAAGCGAUGAAGACAACCCUAAUGAGGCUAACAAAGCCGAUGACAUCGUUGCUGCUUCCAAAGAGGAUGGUAAUGGUGGCGCCGGUGACAAAGACAACGAGCUGUUUUUAACAGCGGUACUACCCGGCUGGGUACUAUGCUGCAUGGGGCAUUUUAAUGUUGACAACCUGGUGGUCUCACAGUUCCUUCUCUUCCUCACCUCCACGCUGGGUGAGCUUACAAUGAUGAUGGCGAGGCUUCCUUCCCAAGUAGCGCCGGCGUUCGAGGUUAUUCGCAGGGCCUGCCUCGUGGUGGUGUUGGUCACAGCGCACACCAUGGCAGUGGAGCUCAUGGGGGAUGACGUGAUGCUGGUCUGCACGCCGGAGCUCGUCGCGGUGGUAGUAUGGUUCAGUAUCCAGUUGGGCUUGGGCCACGGUGGCUCUAUUACCGUCAGUGUCAUUGAGGCCACCUCACACAAAUCUGGCACCGUCGUCCUUGGUGUGGUGGCUAUCCUGGCUUACCUAGCGGCCUCCACGGAUGAGUCCGAGGGGGAGAUGAAUCUGCUCUCCAAGUACAUGUCCGCCUUGGUUGCUUGUGCCUUUUCAGUUAUUCUGCCAUCCCUUUGUGUGUUUGCGCUGCGUCAGUGGCCGGGCAAAACUCCGCUUUCACAAACUACUGCCGCGCGGUCGUCGGAAUUGGAGGGGGCUAUCCGGCUGUUAAGCUUCUGCCGAGAUAUUUCGUUCAAAGCAGCAGCUAUGUAUCUAGUAGUUACGCCAUUGGUUGAUGUGCGGCUACGUCUGCAAGUGCAAGGACUAGCAGCCGAGAUAUUGAAUAAACUAAGCCAGUAAUUAGUCUUCUCGUAACUUUGUAAAUUGUGAUGCAGCUCGAGUUUGACUUGUAAUGUUAUGGGACUAAUAUGUCAAUUGAGAGGGCGAUGAACCUACCUCAA